UCGGGAGGGAGCGCGCCGCGCGCCCAGGAUGCAGAAGUCCUCUGGGAACUUUUGCUACCGCCGUCAAAAAAGACGAGACCUAGACUGAGGUUCGGAAGCCGAGGAUUCCGUGGGGGAGACGGUGCCUCCGAGCUCCACUCCACCCUGGGAUGGCGCUCUAUUCUCCACGUGUCGACCUUGACCCCGCGCGGCUGGGACCGCUCCCGAACCGGCCCCCUCCGCGACCUUUUCGUUAGUAAGAUUCAGUACUGGACCUUAACUUUCACAAGGAAAGGGGUCCCCGUGUCCCCCAGCGGCUUGAGGGUAUGUUUCUUGGUCUCUCUGCCAUGGCCUGGGACCGAUGAUUUAUUACUUUCCCCUGCAAACUCUAGAACUCACUGGGCUUGAAGGUUUUGGCAUAGUGUUUCUUUCUCCAAUAUUCCUAACACUUACUCCUUUCUGGAAAUUGGCUAACAAGAAGUGGAUGCUAAUCCUGUUGCGGAUAAUUACUAUUGGCAGCAUCGCCUCCUUCCAGGCUCCAAAUGCCAGAGUUCGGCUAGUGGUCCUUGCCCUUGGAGUGUCUUCCUCGUUGAUAGUACAAGCCGUGACAUGGUGGACAGGAAGUGGCUUACAAAGGUACCUCAGAAUCUGGGGAUUCAUCUUAGGACAGAUUCUUCUUCUUGUUCUCCGCAUAUGGUACACUUCACUAAAUCCAAUCUGGAGUUAUCAGAUGUCCAACAGAGUGAUACUGACAUUAAGUACCAUAGCUACACUUGAUCGCAUUUACACAGAUGGCGACUGCAGUAAGCCAGAGGGGAAAAAUACUGGAGUGGCAGUCAAGGGCGUGGCCUCCAGACCUACCUGGUGCCUGGCAGGGGCUGCCUUUGGCAGUCUCGUGUUCCUCACCCACUGGAUUUUUGGAGAGGUCUCGCUUGUUUCCAGAUGGGCCGUGAGUGGGCACCCCCAUCCAGGGCCAGAUCCUAACCCAUUUGGAGGUGCAGUUCUGCUGAGCUUGGCGAGCGGAUUGAUGCUCUCAGCUUGUUCAUGGUUUCCUGGUACCAGUUUACUCUGGUGGGUCACAGGAGCAACUUCAGCUGCGGGCCUUCUUUACCUCCCCACAUGGGCAGCUGCCGUUUCUGGCUGUGUGCUUGCUGUCUUCACAGCGUCCAUGUGGCCUCAAGUGCUUGGACAUCUUAUUAGCUCAGGGUCAGGCCCUGGGAAAGCCAUGACCAUUGCCAUGGUAUUUUAUCUCCUGGAGAUACUUUUCUGUGCAUGGUGCACGGCUUUUAAGUUUGUUCCAGGAGGUGUCUACGCUAGAGAAAGAUCUGAUUUGCUUUUGGGGACAGUGUUGCUAAUUAUUGGACUAAAUAUGCUAUUUAGUCCUAAGAAAAGCCUUGACUUUCUUCAAACAAAAAACAGUCCUAAAGUGCUUUUCAGAAAGAGUGAAAAAUAUAUGAAACUUUUUUUGUGGCUGCUUGUUGGUGUGGGGCUACUGGGAUUAGGACUACGGCAUAAAACCUAUGAGAGGAAAUUGGGCAAAGGGACAUUUGGUGUCCCUGUCAUCAAAGUAUUCACCAUGCAGAACACUCUGUGCAAGACUCCCAUGGAGGUGGACAGCCUAUCCUUACGUAGGCAUAAGGGACCAGCCACAGAGGUCUCUGCUGCCAUCUGGCCUUUUCGGUUUGGCUAUGACAAUGAAGGAUGGUCCAAUCUAGAAGGAUCGGCUCAGCUGCUCAGUCAAACAGGUGCAGAUUUCAUAACAAUUUUGGAGAGUGAUGCUUCUAAGCCCUAUAUUGGGAACAAUGACUUAACCAUGUGGCUAGGGGAGAAGUUGGGUUUCUAUACCGACUUUGGCCCAAGCACAAGGGAUCACACGUGGGGGAUUAUGGUUUUGUCCCGAUACCCAAUUGUGAAGUCAGAGCACCACCUUCUUCCAUCACCAGAGGGCGAGAUCGCACCAGCUAUAACAAUGACUGUUAACAUCUCGGACAAACUGGUGGAUUUUGUCGUGACACACUUUGGGAAUCAUGAAGAUGACCUUGACAGGAAACUUCAGGCUAUUGCUGUUUCAAAACUACUGAAAAGCAGCUCUAAUCAAGUGAUAUUUCUGGGAUAUAUCACUUCAGCACCUGGUUCCAGGGAUUAUACACAGCUCAUUGAACACGGCAAUGUGAAGGAUAUUGACAGCACAGAUCGAGACAGAUGGUGUGAAUAUAUUAUGUAUCGAGGGCUGAUCAGAUUGGGCUAUGCAAGAAUCUCCCGUGCUGAACUGAGUGACUCUGAAAUUCAGAUGGCCAAAUUUAGGAUCCCUGAUGACCCCAUUAAUUAUAGAGACAACCAGAAAGUAGUCACAGACCAGAGGGCAGUUCCUAAGGAAAUUCAUUUCAAUCCUAGAUUUGGAUCCUAUAAAGAAGGACACCAUUAUGAGAACGAUCACCAUUUUCAUAUGAGUACUCCCAAAUACUUUUUAUGACCUAUUUAAAACAGGAUUCAUUGACUGAACAAGUCUGUGGAAAACAAAAGUAUAUAAGAAGAGAGAUGCAUGAAAAUGGGAAACUACACACAAAGAACCUCAGUUUUGAAAAAACAUGGUAUUUAUGCAGUGGGAAAUUCUAUCAAUUUAUUUAAAUAUC